AUGCGGAACUCAUGGGGAAUAUCAAUUUUGGUCUGGGCUAUUUUUGCCCAGAUGUGCUGGGCCUUAAAGUAUGAGCAGCUGGUUGCCGGUAACAAGGGCAAAAUAUCACCACUCAAGAUCACCGAUAACAACUACAUCGCCAUACUGGAGAAUCCAAAAGAGGACUUUGACCUGGUGUUGCUUGCUACUGCUACGAACCCAGAGGUUGGAUGUUUGUUAUGUCAUGAAUAUGCUCCUAUAUAUAGCAUGGUUUCGGAGUCGUUCGCGGCCAAUAGCAAGGGGAUCGAGACCGACAAGAACUUGGUGUUUGCGUAUGCUGACUUUCCAACCGCAAAGAAGCUGUUUCAAAAACUCCAGCUCAAUACCGUCCCCAAGCUAUUCUACUACAAAGCUGGAGGAGCGCCAGAUGUGACCAAGGUUGCUGCCGAAUACACGUUUAUGCAGGGUGAGAACCCCGACAACCUUGCCGGUUGGGUCCGCGAACACUCCGGGUUGGCUCCACACCUGUUUGUUCUGCAUGAAAAGAUCGACUAUUCCAACAUAGCAUUGACCAUCUCAGCGAUUGCAAUGCUCACCUUCAUCACCAUCAGGAAGUGGGCCGAGGUGACGAAGCUUUUGAAAUCCAAGCAGAUAUGGCAGGCCGGUUCUAUUAUCCUGAUCAUUCUCUUUGUUUCUGGGUAUAUGUACAAUGAGAUCAGGAACGCGCCAUUUUCUAGGCCACAAAGAGAUGGUUCUCAGGAGUAUUUUGCGAGUGGACACCAGCAACAGUAUGCUGCUGAGACCCAAUUUGUAUCUGUUGUCUAUGGGCUUUUGAUGGUGAUGACGGUUGUAGCUGUGAGCAAGGCGCCCAAAAUCAAGAAUUCCAAGGUACAAUUUGCAGUAACGGUGAUUUCAACGAUCGGGAUAUUUCUGGCAUAUAGUUAUCUGAUCCACCUCUUCCACAAGAAGAAUUCGGGGUACCCAUAUCACCUCUUGAGGUAUUGA